GUGUAGUGGGCGGGGUUUAGCUGAACGAUGGCCGCCGCCUGCAGCAGAAAUCAUUCCAGAGAAUCCAAAUCUCCGUUUUGUUUCAUUCUCAGAGGAAACAUAAUGGGUUUUCAUAUAUACCGGGCCGUCGCUUGUCUUAUUCUUACCAUAAGCCCGUGUUUUGCCGAGGAUGAUCACGAAAUGGAGGAGUUUCUGAAGCGGGAGUAUUCCCUGUCCAAGCCCUACCAAGGUGUAGGAUCCUUAGGCUCCUCCCACUGGGAGCUAAUGGGGGAUGCCAUGGUAACCACGGACCAGGUGCGCCUCACACCUGAGAUGCAAAGCAGGCAGGGGGCAGUCUGGAGCCGCAUUCCUUGUCACCUGAAAGACUGGGAAAUGCAGGUGCACUUUAAGGUUCACGGGCAAGGAAAGAAGAACCUGAAUGGUGACGGACUGGCCAUCUGGUACACUAAGGAACGCAUGCAGAAAGGCCCUGUGUUUGGAAACAUGGACAACUUCACUGGUUUGGGUGUUUUUGUGGACACGUAUCCCAAUGAGGAGAAAUUCAUAGAAGCACAGAAAAAGAGAUACACUCCUCGCACACAGAGGAUCUUCCCUUUUGUUCUGGCCAUGGUGGGGAAUGGCAGCAUCAGCUACGACCAUGACCGGGACGGUCGGCCCACAGAGCUGGGCGGCUGCAACGCCAUGGUGCGCAACCUCAAGCACGACACCUUCCUGUUCAUCCGUUACGUCCGCCGCAGGUUGACGGUGAUGAUAGAUAUCGAUGGGCAACACGAAUGGAGGGACUGCCUGGACAUACCUGGUGUGCGACUGCCCCAGGGGUAUUAUUUUGGAGCGUCAGCCAUCACUGGUGAUCUCUCAGAUAAUCAUGAUAUAAUUUCCCUGAAACUCUAUCAACUGACUGUGUUGCGGAGUCAGAAGGAAGUGGACGAGGAAGAAGAAAUAACCAUACCCAGUGUGGAUAACAUAGAACUACUAAGAUUGGAUCAGAAUGAAGAGGGCAUGAGCGGAAUAGCCAUUUUCUUCACUGUUCUCUUCUCCAUGCUGGGUUGCAUCUUCCUCAUCGUCAUCUGCCUGGUGCUCUACAGCCACUGGAACGAGAGCCGACGCAAGCGCUUCUACUGACACGCGGAGACAAAGAGAUCCGCGAUUGUGCUGACCACUGGGGUUCACAAACCGGUUGCACGAAAGACAGCAGCAGAGCGCUGUUGUUGUGUCCUGAGGACAUCACUGACUGCUAAAAGCCAUUCUCCAACUUCACUGUUAGUAGUGAAAAGUAGUGUGCUGACCUGAUGACUUUAUCCUCGGCCGCCGCCUGACACACACCAACUUGGCCUUACCAUGUGAUUAUUAUUUAUUUGUUGCCUCUUGUUUCAUCUUUGAACCCAGCGCCUCCUUUGACUGUGUAUAUGAUGUAGUAUUCAGUGUGCUCUUAUCCUGUAGUGGCUGUAGGAUGCAUGCCAAUUUUGAAUUUAUUAGUCUUAUCAAUUGUCUGGGCCACAACUUUAUUAGACCUUGACUGUUUUAUGCCUUUCUGUAGGGGCGCAUGUACUAAUGGCAAAGAUUAAAGUUUUUACAGAGAAAAUAACUAAUAAUUUAAGUAGAGGAUUCAAGAAAAGGUUAUGUAUGCAAGUACUACAUGUAAGCACUAUUAUUCUUCCUGACUAUAUAUUCAAAAAGCAAAUUCUUCUAAAUAUAUUUAAAUGUAAUGAACGGGCCCUUGCGCCGAAGGCUGACUGACAGCCCAUUUACUACUGAAGGUAUGUUUGUUGUUUUGUGUGUGAAGUGUACACAAAAGGAUCACUUGUGUUUUUAUGUGGACUCUGUCAUAGUGUGUUUCCAACAUGCUGGUCUGGCCACGGGCUGCCUCUGAUAAAUGUGGGUGUCGGCCAGCUGUUGUCGACUCUGCUUCAAAACCUUCACGAAAUGGUUCCAAGACUCAUGUGGUGCUUUGUUUUUCAUUGUGCAAUGUUUAAAGACUUCAUUUCAUGUGGCCACUCUGACAACGUCCCUAACUUAUUUAUAUUCUAUGAAAACUUUGCCUCAUUUUUCCUUUCAGUGAGACACAGAGCCAUUUUUAACUCAAGCUGUUUCACAAUAUCCCACUAACGAUCAAACAAGUCUCUAUAUACAGAUAUUACUAUACAGAAUCACAAUUGUUCUACAUUUGAAGGACAAUGUUGGUUUUGUUUGAGCAUUGAAUUAAAAGUUUCACAAUGA